AUCUAAUAAAGCAACUAAGCCCCAUUGCAAGGAAUUAGUUAUUUUUAAGCUUCUUGGUUUCCCUUCAUCUAUCUUCUUUCUUUCUUCAUUGUUUUCAAAAAAAACAUACACAAAAUUUAGAGUCAUAAAAAUGGUCGAUAUCGAGAAACAACCUUUGACUGCACCACAAGAAUGGGACACUGGUAUUCCCCCAUCACCUCCAUUAAAUAUCACAACAAUUCAAAGGCAGAACAGCGAGUUAUUGGAUGUUUCAUACUAUAAGUCUUUUGAAGCAAUAGCUGAUAAUGUCAUAUUUAAUAUCAGCGAAGGCCAUUAUAACGUCGAGAAAUUAAAGGAUGCCCAUAAAAUGCUAUACGAACACACACCAGAAACAGAUGAAACAGCCAGGAAAAAUAGAGAAACAUUAGCAGAACAAACAGCCAAGUUGGAAAUCAGCUUUCAAUAUCUUCGAAAAGCAGUCGCUACACUUGAACCAUCGAAGCCAACAUUAUCAGAUCUCGACCUCCGUAAUCGAAAAUACAAACAUAUUUUGAGGUCAUAUAAAGAUUUGUUGGAAAAGUAUAUCAAUAUAACAACCGAAAGUCAGAGAUACACGUCGCUUUUAUUUGAAAAACACAUUAGAUCAGUCAAUCCACAAACGACAGUAUUUGAUAUGGAACGUGCAAUUGCAUCUACCGGAGAGGAUUCGCCAUCAGUAUUUGUUCAGGUCCUAAUGCAAAGAGGCAUAAGAAGAAAUGAUAAAGAGAUACAGCAUAUGAUGAUGAUUGUCCAACAUAUUCACGGAGACCUUCGACAACUAGCGCUUACAUUUACAAAGCUAACCGAAAUGAGAAAUGAGGUGAACAUCCUAAUUGAAAAAUAUCGUCGUAGAUGGCCUGUUGUCUUACAGGAAGGAGAUAUGGUAUUUGUGAUAGACGAUGAGUUGAAUGUAUUACAAAGAACGCAAGUUGGACAGACGAUCGAUUAUGAUUCAAUUUUACGUAAACGAGAGAACAGGAAUAAACUGAUAGCUGCUAUGAUUACUUUGGUUACAAUCAUUUUACUUAUCGGUAUUGUCGUCUCUACGACUUUAUUUUCCGAUUUCUAGUUGGAAAUUACUAUUUAAUAAACAUGAAGGAUUAAAUAUUUUUGGCGGCUUGAGAAAUAUCUAACGUCUUUUUGCCCCGU